CAUAGCUAAUUUACUUUAACAAAGACUUGGAUUCAGUCUGCAGAGCCACUGUUUUCAAAACAAAAUAGAGAGAUGGGGAGAUCGGCCACCACGAAAGAUGCCCACGCUCUGUUUCACUCUCUCCGCUCUGCCUACGCGGCAACCCCUAAUAAUCUCAAGAUAAUUGAUCUCUAUAUUCUGUUCGCUGUUGCUACCGCUGUAAUCCAGGUUGCUUACAUGGCUAUUGUCGGGUCAUUCCCAUUUAACUCCUUUCUUUCUGGUGUACUUUCUUGUGUGGGGACUGCUGUCCUUGCUGUUAGCCUCCGAAUUCAAGUAAACAAAGACAACAAGGAAUUCAAGGAUUUGCCUCCUGAACGUGCUUUUGCUGAUUUUGUACUCUGCAAUCUAGUGCUUCAUUUGGUCAUUGUCAACUUCCUAGGAUAAAAAUCAGUGUCGCAGAAAAGAGACAAGCUUGUCAAGAUUUGAGUUAUACUCGGAGGGAAUCAAGGAAUCAUUGUCAUGGACUUUAUUCGAACUUUUACCUAGAUAUUCACCAGCAGUUGGCCUGUAACUGAGAUACUGAAAUAUUUUGAGGAAAUAUGUUUCUGAACUAUCCUUUUGAUU